GUGGGGGCGUACGUCAGCGAAGGGCGCGUGGAGGAGGCGGAACGCGUGCUGAGGGAGAUGACUGCAGAAGGCGUCAGGGCGGGACCGAGAUUGUUUAACACGCUGAUCACCGGGUACGGGCGAGAGAAGAAUUUACGAGGCGUCGAGGCGAGCUCGAUGGCGAUGCGUACGCUCGGCGUGACGCCGAAUCAAGCGACGUGGGGGGCGAAAGUGAACGCCUACGUGAGCUGCGAUAGAUUAGAUUUAGCCAUGGAUACGCUUGAGCAGGGCGUACGAUUCUCUCCGCGCGUCGAACGUCGGCCCGGGGUGCAGGCGUACACGGCGCUCGUGCAAGGAUUGGCGCACUCGGGACGAGUGGUCGAGGCGGACGAGCUCCUUCGUCGGAUGGCUCGAGACGGCGUCAAGCCGAACGUGUACACAUAUUCCACACUCAUCGACGGCUUGGCGAAAAGCGCGCAAAUUGGGCUCGCCGAGACGGCGCUGGCGGAGAUGCGCCGCGCAAAAAUCAAGCCGAGCGUCGUGACGUACAAUUCCUUGCUCAAGGGCGUCGUGCGCGGCAUCGGCAAGGCGGAUCGCACGGAUGAAGUUCUCCGACGUGCGCGUGAGAUGUUUGAUAGGAUGCGAGACGACGGCGUGCCACCGGAUUUGGUGACGUACAACACGUUGAUUGACGCGUGCAUCAAUGCUCGCGCUCCCGCCGAGGCGUGGAACAUUUUGCGCGAGAUAUCAGAAUCUGGUUUGAAGCCCGAUGUCGUGACGUACACGACGCUGCUGAAGUAUUUCGUGCAAGUCGGGGACGACUCGGCGACGCAAUGGGUGAUCGCCGAAUUGGAAACCGAUCCACAAGUCGUCGAGGACGUCGGCGUGUACAAUUGCUUAAUCAACGCCUACGCGCGUCAAGGCGACAUGUGCCGCGCCGUCGAGACGCUCGAAGGCAUGAAGGCGAAGAACAUCACGCCCAACGUAUCCACGUACGGCUCGAUAUUAGAAGGGUACAUUCGCCUAGGGAACGUGGGCGAGGCUUUUAAGGUGUACAAUUUGUGCGUAAAGUCGGCUGGACUGGCGCCGGACGCUCGCAUGCGAAAGUCGCUCAUCUACGGUUGCGGUUUGCACGGAAUGUCGGACAUUGCC